AUGGCCCAAUCCAACCAAACCAGACUCGAGAUCAAGUAUGAUCUAUUCCUCUGUGACGAAUUCUUACGGCUCGCUGCCCCGGAGAAGAUUCCCGCUGAGUGGCCCCAGGACCCUUCGGCGUUCAUGCUUGUUGCAAAGGAAUCGUGCAGCUUGGUUCGGUUCAAGGCAAAAGUUCUCCUCCACCUCGAUUUGCUCCGGGACGAUUUCAAGCUUGGAGGCAUUCUCAACAAUGAGGAUGCCCUUCACCGACUCGAGUGGGUUGGCCAAAUCAUCAAACCAUCUGGGAUCACUAUGUAUUUGUUUCCGAGUGGCUACGCCGCCUUUCGCCACAUUUUGUUCAACAUGCGGGGUGCCACCAGGGCGGCGGUGCGGAUCAGGUGGUCCUACGCGUAUAUGGAUCAAUUGAACGGGCCUCCAAGCCUCGGCACGACCCAGUCGGAGGUGGACAUGCCGCUGGACAAAAGUUCUCAUUGGCAUAGUUUGGAUCCGGGCACUCCACCGCGUCCAAUGGAAGACAAGGACUUCGCGUCACCAGAAUCAGAAAACGAUUCCGAUGCCGACAACAGUACCAAGAUCUUACGCAAUGCAUUCUCCACGGCACCUGCUGAAGAAGGCUCUCUGGCACCUGCUCAGGAAGGUUCUCUCCUGGUUGGAUACAUAACUCCACAAGAAAUUCCACCGGCAAAGCGGCAACGCCUCCACCAGGCUGAUUUCAAUCUAACCAUGAAGGAAUUUUUUCUGAUUGCACAUCUCAGACCAGAUGACAAACACACACUGUCAGUCAUCAAGAAGAACCUCUUCUACCACUGGUCAGCCUUCAAAGGCUUAACCAAGGAUGACCUUGUGGAAGCUGGAUUUAAAGUUGGCCCCGCUCAAUUGAUUGUUUCUGGUGUAGCCUCCGCUGUUUCACAGCUUGAACUCCUCUGA